UGUUCAGAUCAAUAUAAUUGAUGAUGAGGAAUAUGAGAAAAACAAGAACUUCUUCCUUGAGCUCGGAGAGCCUCGGCUGCUGGAGAUGAGUGAGAGGAAAGCUGUGUUGCUUCAGGAAGUCGGUGGAUUCGUGAGAACAGGCAAAGACAUCUACAGGAAGGUCCAGGGACGAGACCACCCCGCCCCGUCCACCGUCAUCAACAUCACAGAGGAGGGGGCCGAGGAGGUUUUGACCAAGAAGGAGGAGGAGGAGAGGCGGAUCGCGGAGAUGGGAAGACCCACGCUGGGUGAACACGUCAAACUGGAGGUCAUCAUUGAGGAGUCGUAUGAGUUCAAGAACACUGUGGACAAACUCCUGAAGAAGACCAACCUGGCCCUGGUGAUCGGGACAAACAGCUGGAGAGAGCAGUUUGUGGAGGCCAUCACAGUCAGCUCUGGUGAUGAUGAUGAUGAUGAAUGUGGCGAGGAGAAGCUGCCCUCCUGUUUUGACUAUGUCAUGCACUUCCUCACCGUCUUCUGGAAGCUUCUGUUUGCCUUCGUUCCUCCCACCGACUACUGGAACGGUUGGGCCUGCUUCUGCGUCUCCAUCUCCGUCAUCGGCAUGCUGACGGCUGUCAUCGGCGACCUGGCGUCACAUUUUGGCUGCACCGUCGGCCUCAAAGACUCUGUCACUGCUGUGGUGUUUGUAGCUUUGGGCACAUCUGUACCAGACACCUUUGCCAGUAAGGUGGCAGCCAUCCAGGACCAAUACGCCGACGCCUCCAUCGGCAACGUGACAGGAAGUAACGCUGUCAACGUCUUUCUUGGUAUUGGCGUUGCCUGGUCCAUUGCUGCCAUUUACCACUACUCCAAGGGCCAGGUGUUCAAGGUCGACCCGGGCACGCUGGCCUUCUCUGUCACACUCUUCACCAUCUUUGCCUUCAUCUGCAUCGGCGUCCUCGUGUACCGCCGCCGGCCCGAGAUCGGCGGGGAGCUCGGCGGACCCAGAAUCCCCAAGAUCCUCACGACCUGCCUGUUCUUCAGCCUGUGGUUAAUGUACAUUAUCUUCUCCUCACUGGAGGCCUACUGCCACAUAAAGGGCUUCUAAAAGUUCUGCUUCUGAAAGGUUCUAACAGUUCUGAUGGGUUUCUACAGGCACCAAUAGGUACCUGCAUAUUCUGACAUGUUCCUGUCAUUUCUGUUAUUUGUCUGAAGGUUUGGUAGAUGUCUAAAGGUUCUGACAGUUACUUUACGGAUGGUUCUGAUGGAUUUUUAAAGGUACCAAUAGGUUCCUGCAUAUGCUAACAGGUUCCUAUCAUUUCUGAGGUUCAGUAGAUGUCUAAAGGUUCUAACAGGUUCCUAACAGUUGAUGCAUUCCUUAAAGUUGUAAAGGACAUGUACCAGUGCUAAGAGGCUUCUGAGAUUAGGUUGAACUACUAGUUCUAAAAGGUGUUUUUGAUGAUCUGACAGGUUUAUAAAUGCAGAUUAAUAAAUGUUCUGCUGGACCCUGUGUAGUUCUUUCAUGUUCUUUAAAGAUCUAAUGACUUUAAUGGAUCCCAAAGGUUCCUGGAGGAUUCUACAGCUUCUUGCCAGUUCUGGUGCUUUCCUAAAUUUUCCAAUGGGUUACUGUCAUUAUUUCAAGGGUUUGGAUAAACUUGUAAGGGUUCUGUUGGGUUCUGACAGGUUCUUAGGAUUUUUGUUGUACAUCUAAAGGUGUAGAUAAACAUCUGAAGGUUGUUACAGGUUUCUGACAAUUGAUGGAUUUCUAAAGAAGUUCCUGAAUAAUGUGCAAGGUUCUUAGAAUUUUUCUAAAAUUACAGAUGAACUUCAAGUUGUUUUGCGACAUCAGAGGUUCCAGAAUAUUCUUACAUGUCUCUUAUUUGUUUGAAGGUUGGUCUUUAAGGUUCUUUAGCAUUCGAAACAUGUUAUAUCAUAAUGUGACGGGCUUCUGUAAAUUUUCUAAGCGUCUAGAUAAAGGUUCCUAAAUGUUCCUAUAAUUAGAGGUUUGAGCUUGAAGGGCUGAAACCCUAUUGUUGUUGUUUUUGUGCAGAUGUAUUAUUAUUUUUCUUUAGAAAUAUUUUUACAGACUCGUGUCAGAUGGUUUAUUGUAGAUAUGAAAAUUUCUCCAAUGAUUGGAAGUUGUGUGCUAACGUUGCCCAAUAACGAUGAGGCCGAUCAUCCUGAUGGGGGCGCUAUAAUUAAAGGCCCACUUUGAAAAUCAUAGCUCCAACACUACAAGUCCAAUUUACAUAGAACUUGGCACAAGCAUUCAUUUAUACUCACUCUAUCAAUUUGCCUCAAGAACCAUAAAGAUCCAUCUGACAAGAUUUUUUGCGAUUUUGAAUUUUCUGAGAAACACAUUUGUGACGUCUCCUCCUAAACCAUUGGUCCAUUGUGCACCAAAUUUUCUGUGGAUCAUUGUUGGGCCAACCUUAACAAAACAAAUCAAAACCUUGUUGAUAUUUUGUUGCAUUUUGAAGAUACUGACCAAUGAACUUUAGAGGGGGCGAGGCUCAGCACAUACAUAGAUUUAACUCCACAAUCGUUGGGCAAAUCAUCAUAAAACUUGCAGGAUGUGUCCACAUAAGUACCUGGAACAUAACUUGAAAGUUUCACUCAAACAGACCACUAGAGGGUGCUAAUAAUGCAAAAGAAAGGGGUGUGGCACAACACAGAUCAGACAGAUAAAUCAGAAACUGUCAUCAUGACAAAACUUGCCGGAUAUGUUUUAUAACAAUGUUGAACCAUGUGUGUAAAAGUAUUUUAACAUUGAUCCCUAGGUGGCGCCACCAGUUCCAAACAUGUUCAUGGGCCUGGCACAUAUUCGGCCAUGGUGAACUGAUUUUCAGUCAGUAUUUAAAGGGGCAAGAAACCCAUCCUCUGAUAUGACAGGGAUCAUAAUCCUGACUUUAUCCAUUUCUACUGUAGCAUUUUUCUUAUUGAACUCAAAACCUUUAUUCUAUAUACGAAAAAGAAAGACAAGGAGAACUUGUUGCUUUUUUUUUCACAUGUAGACCACAUUGGAUCGGGUCCAGAUCAAAAGCUUUGAACUUCCUCUGAGCUUGAACCCUGAAAUCACCACUUGCAGCUGUUUUAUCGUGUGUUAUUUGUCAAAAGGUUUGAUAGAACUCUAAAGGUUGUAUCAGGUUCCUGUCAGUGGAUUAAUUUGUGAGGGAUCUGAUGGACACCUAACAGCUCUGUCAGUAUUCUGGCAGGUUUCUGAACUUGUCCUGUAUGAACUCCUAAUAUUUGUUUUGAUGAUGUGACAGGUUUUAUUACAUUUCGAUGAAUCUGACACAUUAACUGUUCAAUCAAUCAAUCAAUCAAUCAAUCAAUCAAUCAAUCUGUUCAGGUCUUUUAGGUUCUUUACAGCUCCAACAGACUCAAAACAUCUUUGAUGUGGUUCCUGACAGAUUCUACCUGUUCUUCACUGUCCUGGUGAAUUUCUGGACGUUAUUGUGGAACCCUUCUUUUUGAGUUACUCUGGUGUCCAUGUCGGACUGCUCUCUGGCUGCUGAGUGACCUCAGAGACUGGACUUUCUUCACCCUCACGUACAUCCCCAACAUUACAGACAUUAACGUGUUCCAUCAAUCCUUCAUCUGUACCUCUCUGCAAUGUUUAACAAAAAAUAACAUUUUAAUUUUGUCGUGUGAGGACUUUGAAUCACAACCACAGUAGCGAUGACGGAGGCAGCUCAGGCUGAAGACUUCUAAAAACCUGCAGGACGUUAGAUGUUAAAGGCGACUGGAGCAGUAGUGUUGCACCUCAAUGAAUAUCUGCACUGAGUUUGAAACAUAGUUGAGUUUGACAAUGGAUCCAGAGUUUGGUGUUGAAGCCAUCUUUAAACUCUUUGAGACUCUGUGCUCGGUCGAGCUGAACCUGAGCUGCUGCAGAUCCAAAAUGUUUGAGGACAUUUACCUGUGUAUGUUUGUGUGUGAGUGUGUGUGAGUGUAUACAUAACCUCAAAGAUCAGUGGGAAGAAGAGACGUCUGUUGUGAUGUUCUGUGAUAUGAUUGGACGAUGUAAACACAGAGUUGUUGGGUAUGAUCUGACGGCAGGAUGUC